UCGCUUCUACUCACGUUCCGACCGCUUACAGAUUACACUUUAGCGUUCCGUCCACCCGAUUGCAUUUGUAGCCCCUGUAGUGCGCGGCUACGUGGUUAUUAACAGCUGACUGCAAAGUGCAGUUUGUUUUUCAUCAGCACGUUCAAUUUAAUUCUCCAAGACCAAAGUAUUUUAGUACUUCUAUUGUUCGUUUCUCACAAACUGCUUAUCAUUUUGCAGUUUUGUUUCUUUAUUUGUUAUCGUGUGUACAAAUCUGUUUGAAAGCGCGGCGCCAGCUAAUGCUACUUUUGUGACUGAUGGAAUUAUGGACCGGGAGAAUCGUCUUUAUCUGGCCGUGCAACAGGUUCGUAAUGGGACGUUCUCUUUGCGUGCUGCAGCGAAACUUUACAGGAUUCCAAAAACCACGCUUCGAGAUAAAGUUCAAGGGAAGCCUGCGCAGACGAGAGGUUCUUGGAGCAGAAAGUUCACCGAUGCUGAAGAAACGUACCUGGCUAAUUUUCUACUGAAAUGCGCGGAUAUUGGCGUGCCUAUGAACAAGUCGUUUUUGAGAAGGCUCGUGGUUAACAUCGCGCUGCAGAAAGGCAUGGGAGCGACGUUUAGCCACGCCUGGUUAGAUCGAUUCCUAAAGAGAAAUCCCGAGAUUUCAUAUCGCGUAACCCAUGGGGUUAACAGGAAAAAGUGUAGAGAGUGGACCGCGGAGACUUGCCAGGGAUGGGUGACGCUGCUGAGUGAACUGCACAUCGACGGAUGGCUGGACGAUGCAAACGGGAUUUGGAACUUAGACGAGAGUGCCUUUUCUACCGCGGAGAAAGUGGAUUUUGUUUUUACUCGGAAGGGGACUAAGAAUAUCCUGUCUUAUUAUGAUGGGAAUGAUCGCGAACUUAUUACAGUUCUGGCCGGAGGAAAUGCAGCAGGGUUUAUUCUUCGACCGUUGAUUUUGUACGAUGGUAAAAUGCAUUUGACAUCGCGAAUUGCUGGCACAGAGGAUCGUUGUUGGUUGGGUGUGAACCGGUCCGGAAUCAUGGAUAAUGAUGUUUUCCUGGAGUACUUCGAGAAAGAAGUGAUCCCUAAUAUGACUGCUGAAAAGAAUCUGGUGAUGCUGGACGGGCACAGCUCCCACGUGUACAACGAAGAGUUUCUGCUGAAGUGCGUUCAGUCCGAAAAAAAUAUUCGCGUUGUGAUUUUUCCGGCGGGACAAACAAGCAAGACUCAGCCACUAGAUCUCAAGGUGUUCGGUCCUGUAAAGCGUGCAUGGAAAAAUGUGCUGCGCGAAAAGAAUUUGUCAGUCGCAUCCGUUGGGGUGUCCAAGCAGAACUUUGCUUUUGAGCUGAUGAAUAACUGGAAAACAUUUAAUAUGGACAGGAACAUAGUAUCGGGUUUUGCUGCUGCGGGCAUUUAUCCUUACGAUCCAGCUGUUGUGUGUAAAGAUUUUCCGGGAGUCGCACCAGAAACCCAACCUGUAACCAGUCUCCCUGCAAGUGUAAUUUAUGCUGAAAACUUUGUGGAAAUUCGUCAGGUUUUUCGUAAUAUUCAUGCCUACACUGAAAGCCAGAUCAACCAGAUUAUGGAAUUUUCCAAGCGCGUUUUGGAUGGCUUCGUUCCCUUGCAGUCGGCUGAGACAGCAGCAAAAGAAUACAAAGAGCUGUUGAACGUUGAGCGUCCAGCGAAAAGACGGUAUAAUAAAGAUGCGCGACUGGACACUCAGAUGGGAGCUAUUGCAACUGAAAGUGCAUUUUUGGACGCACUGAAAGAGAAAUCGGAUAACAAAAAACGCCGCCAGAAGAAAUCCAACAGUUCGCAAAUUAAGUGACGAGUGUCUUUCACAUGCUGGGUUAAAUUUUUAUUUUACGGUGAUUAAUUUACGGUGAUAAUUCUAGUAAAUCAAAACUAAUUAAGGAAUUGGUUAUUAUUAAUUAAUUUGGUGAUAAUUGGUGAUUUUAAUUGGUGAUAAUUCCUUGUUUUUAUAUAGCAAAUUUGGAUGGAUUCGUUGAUCUCUAAAUUUUUGUAACUUUGUUUUCUGUUAAAUUUAUUUGUUAUUCCUUGUUGCAUUCGUUUUGGAAAUAAACGCUUCUACUGGUUACAAAUUAAGUACGUUUAUACUUUAUAGUAUUAUAAACUAGUUUUUAUAUGGGCCCAUGCGGGUAAUCUGAAAUCAUGGG